GGAGUGGGUGCAGGCGCCGAGCGGCCUGGGCGCCGAGAUGGCGCGGCAGGGGCUGGCGGCGCGGCCGGACUCGCGGCGUGUCGCGGUGGCCGGCCAGAGCUCCGGCAAUCACGUGGUGGGCGCGGCGCUGACGCGAGGCUGCGGGCUGGCCAAGGCGUGGGUCAUGAUAGACCCCGUGGACGGCUUCGACCCGUACCGCAUCGUGAAGUCCGAGGACCUCAUCACGCCAGGGCAGAAGCUCAACUUCACUUUGCCCUCCCUGCUGCUCGACAACGGCCUCGACCCGAAGAGCUCCAACGCCCUCUACCCACCGUGCGCGCCAGAGGUCUUAAGCAACGACCGCUUCUACAACGCGAUGCGGGGGCCGAUCUGGGCCGUCAGGGGCAACGUUCGGGCGGAAACGCUCAGAGGGGGAUGCAUCGACGCCCGACCGCCCAUGUAUCGCCGAUUGGGGCCCGAUAGCCCGUCCCGACCAGGACCGUGCGAACUUUCUAUGGGAGCCUAUCGCCGAUCUGUCGACGAUGUGUCGCCGGUUUGCGGGUCGAUGUUUGUCCCCCUGAGCCAGUCCCCCCCUAACGUUUCCCCUCAGGCCGUGAACGCCACGGAGUACGGGCAUCUGGACUGCUGCGACACCCAGGGCUCCCUCUGCCCAACGAACAGCAGCACCGACAAGGCCGCCUACAAGGAGACGAUCGUGGCCGCCGCCGCCGCGUUCCUCGGGGCGCUCUUCGGGCAGCGCCCGAGCUCGGACCUGCAGCUGCUGGAGGACCCGAGCUUCUUCAACGUGAGCGUCCUGCUCAAGCACAACUACAACGGGGCCUCCAGGAGCUCCGUCGCGCCAGGCUGCGUGAACCACGCGCCGGAAGUGCCUCCCGCCCUGGUAGUCUAGGCAGCGGCGCGCGAGCGCCCCGCGCCCCAAGUUUUGGGGCGUUUGACAGCGUCCCGGGCUGCUCGGGGGGCCGUUCAGGCCAGCGGGAAUCAUCUCGGCGGGCUGUCUGCGCGCAGCCCUGAGCCCAUCCCCCCCCCCUCCCCUCCUCCCGCCCCCCCCAGGAGCCCUGAGCCCUGCCCUCCUCCCUCCCCUGACCACUGUUGCUCUCGUGGCCCACCGCUCCAGCGCGUGGGCCUGCCCCCUCGUGGAGCCGCGGACUGGAGG